GAGGCGGAUAACAUGAUUGGACGAAGGCAGCACGUGGCGGACGGGGCUGAAAUCGGUGUGGUGUUUUGCCACUCUUAAGAGGCGCGAGCGGGUUUGGGAUUCAGAGACCAAGAGUCCAGCCUCUCUUUCCCUAUAACCACUGAUUGGCCCCACUCAGGAAAGAAAGAAAACAACUAAAGGAUAAGCAUGGGUAACAGGAUUGAAGGCUGCUGUAAGGUCCAGCUACAAGGAUGAUCACGCUCCUCCCUACACGUUCUACAAAAGUUAAUUGUCUCAAUGAAAAGAUGGCAGUGAAAUUAUUGGGAUUCCUGGCUAGAUCUUCAUAUACAAUAAGCCAGUGCCGAUACUUUCCUACAUAUGGAUAUUUAGCAUCAAGCAGCAACUUGCUAUCAGUAAAUCGAAAUCUCAGGCUAUGCAUCCCAGAGGCAACUUCUUCUAAUUUUACUAGCAAUUGCAUGGACAAUUCAAAAUGGUUCAGUUCAAAAAUUACUAUUGGUGCUCUGGCAAAAAUUACCAAUUAUUUGACUAUGGAUGUUUGUCCUUCAUCCAGGGAACUUCAUCCUCUUAAAGCUUCAAUUUUUAAGCAGAAAUUAAAACAUAUAAGAAUACUUACUAGAAUACCAAACAGACAUUAUUCAGUUUUAUCACCUAGUAAACUUCAACCAAAUCAAGAUAUUGUACCAGUUAAGCGUCUACCAAAAACAUCAAGGACCAAGCAGCCAUCAAGAAUUAACCUGCCAUUACCAUCUGAAGCUAAGGAUGUGAUGCAAUGUAUAGCCUUUGCAACAGCAGAUGCCUAUCAUCUUGGUAAUCUAUGCCUUGACCUGAUCUCAUCUGGAUAUGUUGAAAUCACAUUACCUAGAGAUGCAGCAAAUGUUUUGGUGGUUGGCACAGAAAAGACAGCCAAAGAUCAUGAUUUGGGGAUCAUAUUUUUCUUCAAGGAAGGGUCUGUUGUGUUUUGGAAUAUUGAAGAAAAAACAAUGAAGAAUAUUUUUCGGAAGCUGGAAAAACAUGAGAUCCAACCUUAUGAAAUUGCAUUAGUUCACUGGGAAAAUGAAGAGAUCAGCUAUAGAAGAGGAGAAGGACAGUCAAAACUUCAUAGAGGAGAAAUCUUGAUAAAUUCAGAAUUAGAAAUGGAUGAUUUCAUUUUAGAGAAGUUUGCUUUUUCCAAUGCUCUCUGCCUUUCUGUAAAACUGGCCAUUUGGGAAGCAGCACUGGAUAAUUUUGUAGAAUCUAUUCAAUCAAUACCUGAGAUGCUUAAAUUAAGAAAGAAACUGAAACUGUCUCAUGCUGAUGUUAUGCAGAAAAUUGGGGAACUGUUUGCCUUGAGGCAUCAUAUAAAUCUGAGUUCUGAUCUGUUGAUUACCCCAGAUUUCUACUGGGACAGAGAACAUCUUGAACAACUGUAUGAUAAAAUGCAUCGGUUUCUCAGUAUUGAUCGCAGAGUUAAGGUAGUAAAUGAAAAGCUCCAGCAGUGCACAGAACUGACAGAUCUGAUGAGAAAUCAUUUGAAUGAAAAACAUGCUCUGCGCUUGGAAUGGAUGAUAGUAAUACUCAUCACAAUAGAGGUCAUGUUUGAACUUGGAAGAGUGUUUUUCUGAUACCAGGUGUACAUUGCAACACACAUUUUACAAGACUAGUCGCUAUCCGAGCAACAGGUUUAUUGGACUUCAACUUUGUCCAUUUUGGAAAGUGAGCAAAUGUCAUGAUAAAUUUAUGGACAUUUGCUACAAAAUGAUGGGAGUCAAUGCAUUUAAUUUCAUAUUUCAUCAGUAACUAUGUUUCUUGGAAUUGAUGGUGUAAAAACAUUGUGAAGCUGGUUUUCUAUCUUACGGAUGCAGAUUAUCUGUUAUAUUACAGGAAAAGGAUAUAUAUACAGUAUGUACGACAUUGAGCAGUUUUCUAUAUAUGAGCUGCACGUUUUUUCACAAUACAUUCAAUAGAAUUAAGAAAAAUAUGUAUAUAAUAUGCUAUUAUGUAUAUGGGGAUAGAAAACCUAAUCCUAAUAUUGUUCAUUUGUGAAGGAAGUUAAAAUUAGAAAUUCUCUUCAGCUAAAAUUGUAACUGUCUUUGGAACUGUUUAAUCAUAAAGAUUUUGUAAAUUCAGAUAUUUUAAGAAGCAAGAGAAAUUUAAUCAAAAGUAUUUGACUUAACUGCCUUAGACAAAUUUUCCUCAGUAACCAUUAUGCAUGUAUGAAUACCGACUGAAAAGCUGUGAAAUAAAAUAAUGGUUGUAAAAAAAUGCAUUGAUUUUAUUGAAGCAAGAUUAAGGAUUUGGAUCUCUAAAAUCCAAAAUUGUUUGACUAGAUACAUCAGAAAACUCAUGAAAGCUUUAACUUUGUUCUCAACUAACUUUCCAAAAUGUAUCAUGAAUAUUACAGUUGUCAAAUUUUAACAUUGUUGUAAGAGUUAAAAAGAAACUCUUUAGUUUCAGAAAAUUGGUGUGGGGGGAUUGUAAUUGAACCUACUGCUGAAAUUUUUGAGAAACAGAAAAUAUAGUGAUAGCUCUGUUCAUAGUGCACGUUUUUAGAGUAAAAAGCCCAAAGCAUUUGUGAGGAAGGUACAUUUUAUCAUUUGAAUGAGUUUGUAAUUUUUUCAAUUUUGCAUCACUUCUCUAUCAUGUCCUCCCUCAGUAACAAUGACAGCACUCGUUAUACAUAGUAAUAGCAUAUUUGUAAUUCUUGAGACAGUGGUGCUUAAACAUUUGUGAACCUUUUUGAAUUUUUAAUAUUUUUACAUCAAUAUGACCUAAAAUGCAAUACUAUUCACAUUCUAAAACUAGAGAACCCAAUUAAGCAGUCAAUAUAUUCACUUAAUAGCCAUGUUACUAACUUUAACAACUGCAGCGAUUUACUUAAUAACUGUGGUAAGAAAAGUC